GCAGGGACCGCUUUCUCGGUGUCCUGCCUGCAGCGCUCCUUGAGGGUGGAUAACCUUUAGGGUGACAAGAGGACUCAGGAGCUACUACUGCACGCAGCCCAGGGCGGCUCGGGACAGACCACAGAUUUAAUCCUCCCACUUGGCGACCCCCAGGGUAGGAAGGGGACAGAGCUACAGCCUGAGUAUGGCCACUGCAACGUGCGAACCUGUGGCCAGACCCAGCCUGACCUCCAUUUCAUCAGGGGAGCUGCGCAGCCUGUGGACGUGCGACUGCGAGCUGGCCCUGCUACCCCUGUCGCAGUUGCUCCGCCUACAACCUAGCGCCUUCCAGCUGCGUGGUGAGCAGCUCGUGGUUCCCGGACCCGGGGAACCCGGGGCAGCGCGAGGGGGCUUCAACGUCUUUGGGGACGGCCUAGUGCGCCUAGACGGGCAGCUCUACCGCCUCAGCAGCUACAUCAAGAGAUACGUGGAACUGACCAACUACUGUGAUUAUAAAGACUACAGGGAAACGAUACUGAGCAAGCCCAUGCUAUUCUUUAUUAACGUGCAGACCAAGAAGGACAUCUCAAAAGAAAGGACCUAUGCGUUUCUUGUGAACACAAGGCACCCCAAGAUAAGAAGACAGAUAGAGCAAGGGAUGGACAUGGUCAUUUCCUCAGUGAUUGGAGAAAGCUAUAGACUUCAGUUUGAUUUCCAGGAAGUAGUGAAGACUUUUUUUCCUCCAGGAACUAUCGUGCUGAAUGGAGAGAAUUUGAGCUUCGCUUACGAGUUCAAGGCGGAUGCCCUGUUUGAUUUCUUCUACUGGUUUGGGCUCAGCAAUUCCACUGUGAAAGUGCACGGAAAGGUUCUGAACUUGACAAGUACGAACCCAGAAAAGAAAGAAACCAUUAAGUUAUUUCUGGAAAAAAUGAGCGAACCUCUAAUCCGAAGGAGUAGUUUCUCCGAUCGGAAGUUUAGUGUCACAUCUAGAGGUUCAAUAGAUGAUGUUUUUAACUGCAACCUGUCACCCAGAUCAUCAGUUACAGAACCGCUUUUGGCAGAAUUCUCAUUUCCAAGUGUUCAGGAAUCUGAAGAGACAUCCAGCCAACUUAUCUGAUUCGUCUGAACGUUCUAGAUGUUGCCCUUGGAGGUCUGUGGCACACAGUGGGUUGAAGGGGUAAGAGGAAGCAGGGGUGGACAUUUCCAUCCCUUUGCCAGCCUCUGACCCUCCAAGGUUCUGUAGAGAACCCCUUUUCCCAUUUCCCUUAGGUACGGUGCCCUGGCAGGCCCAGUGGCUUCCAUCAGGGGUAUGAUUAUGGGAUGGAAGGACAUUGUCUCUAUGGCAUAAGGUGUCAUUGACAUUGAACACUUCUCUGAAGAAUCUGGGGAAUUCAAUCACCCAUGAACUUUGCUUAGCACCCAGGCACUCUGGAGACCUUCCUGGCAACCUCUGCGGGAGGCACCUGACUGGGAUGCUAACCCAUGAUGUUUCCUGGAUCACAGAAUGGCCCUCUGCAGCCAGCAGCCCCAGCAAGCCUGGAGGGGGGAGGUGUGUGUGUGUGUGUGUGUGUGUGUGUGUGUGUGUGUGUGUGUGUGUUAAGCUCUUCUCUUGCAAAUGUGUUAGGUAAAGCCAGUACCAAUAUUUCCCUGGGAAACAAGUCUGAUGUCCAUCCUGCCAGUGUGAUGAACAUUCAAGAUACUGGCUGCUAAAAGAUCUGCAGGCAGCCGGCAUGAGCCCGCCCUGAAAUGUAAAGCCAGGUGAUACACCAAUCAACCAGUGACAGGAGAGGGUCCACUUCCCUGCAGGUACAGCAUACAAGUUGGUGUUUGAAAUAUGCUUUAGCAAUCUUAAUAUGAAAAGAAAAGCCCAGGUAGACUAAGCCAUUACCACAGUACAUUGGAUAAUCAGGAUGCUUUCUGCCUCACAGCUCCAGUGGGAUUCACUGAAAGGGAAAAAAAAUCCAAUCUAAAUCUAAAAGUUUGCAUGAGUGGCCAGACAUGGCCACCUGUAAUCCUAGCACUCAGGAGGUGGAGGCAGUAGAAUGAGGGGUUCAAGACCAUCCUUGGCUACAUAGGGAGUUCAAGGCCAACUUGCUCUAUUAAUACAGAAAACUGUCUAAUAAAAACAAACCUCCAUCAUUGCACAUGUGAAUUCCACCUAUACUCAUAAGAAGGCAGAUUUAUGGGCCCCUUGUAGCAUCUUUUCUGUCCUUCUAAAAGUGUAUUCCCAUGCUACAUAUUUUGAUAGCAAUGUUGAUGGCCUGUCACUUGUAUCUGAAAUGUUACCUAGUAUAUAUGCACAAUUAAAACUUUUCUUAGCAUUCA